CGCUACCAGGUCACGUGACCCUCAUAAGUCAGGAUGUAAACAAUGGAGGAGGAAGGAGACGCCGUGCUGGCCAAAGUCAACAAAAUCUCUACUAUCUUCUCUUCCUUGACAGAUACGGUGACUAGAUCGCCAGGACUAAUUGACAUUGAAAAAUUGAACAAGCAGAAUGCCCAAGCAGUCAAAACACAACCACAGAACCCCGAGGAAUUUUAUAAUCGAGUCAGUUCCUUCAGACCAGGAUUAUGGACUGUGCAAGAGCUGACCCCUCUGGAGUGUGCAAGAUGGGGCUGGCGUAUCCAGGAGAAGGAUAUUCUCCAGUGCGUCACCUGCCGUGAGGUUGUUUGUGCAAUUCUACCUGAUGUACGGGAUUUCAAAGCUUAUGAAAAGUACCUUAGUCUGUUGAAGAGCAGGAUAUUGGAAGCCCACAAAGAUGCCUGUGGUUGGAAACAUAAUCCAAGUCCUGAGGAGUUUGUCCAGCCACCUUAUAUUGGCUCUAUUGAAGACAUGCGCAAUCUCACAAAUUCUGCUCGGACACUUGCUGCCCUAAAUUCAGCUCUACCAUACCUUGAUGUUGAAGCUUUAUCAAAAAGUCUUGGAGCAGAUAAAGACCUUAUUGUGGGAUUGUUCCAAAAUGAUAGCACUGAUUAUGAAGUCCAGGCUUCCUCUGUGCUAUUGGUAUUGAGUGGAUGGAUUCGUGGUGAAGGAGCAUAUUUAAGGUGCAAAGUCUGCAGAAGAUCAGUGGGACUCUGGAGUUUCAUAACCAGAGCUGAUGAAUUAGAAAGCACUCGUGCCAUCUCUCCAGCUCCUACACCAUCAGGGAAGAGAAAAAGACAUGAAGAGCAGGUUGAGGAGACUGCAGAAGAUGAAGAGAUGGAUCAGGAUAAGGUUGAGGGAUCCAGUCCUGCAGGUAGUAGGAUAUGUCCACCGCGGAAAUGCAAACUCCUGAAGACCGAUAACAAAGGCAGUGACAGUCGGGAGAAAAUCAUUGAAGAAAACAAAACAACAGGUGAAGAAGGUGAAAGAAAAGGGGAAGAAAAUGUGCAAAAGGAGCAGGAAAAAGAGAUGGGAGAAGAUGGUGAGAAGGAGAAGGAUAAUGGGCAAAAAGAAAAGACCAUAGCUAAGGAAGCAGAAGGGGAUAAAACAAAUGAAGGUGAAGUGCAAGAAAAGAUGGAAGAAGAAAGUCCACCGACUGAAAAUAACAAAAAGGACAACUCAAGUAAAGAGAUAGAAUCAGAAGAGAGGAAGAAAAUGGAAGAAGGAGAUGAAAAGGAAAAAGACCAACCUCAAGAGGAGGCAGGAGCAAGAAACAGUUCAAAGGAAAAUGAAGAUCAGGAGAAGGAACAGAAAGAAAAAAUAAAUGAUUCAGAAAAUGGCAAAAGUGAAGCCUUAGCUGGAAAUAAGACCGAGAAAGAUGACAUGGAAGACGAGUCAGUAAAAAAGAAAGAAAAUGAGAUCGAAAGGAGUGGGGAAAUAGAAGCUGAAAAUAAGAAAGAUGAUGAAAAAUCUGUAAAUCCUGAUUCUAAACCAGAAGGAAAAGGGCAGACAACAAACAAUUCUGAUGCAUCAGAAGACUGCAGAAAAGAUUCCUCUAAAGAUCUGGACACAAAAACUAGUCAGACUGAAAAAGACAAGCAGAGUAGUGGUGAGACUGCAAGCCAGGAGAAGGAAGAAGAGAAUCCUAAAGAAAUUAAUCCAACUGGAGAUAAGGAACAGGGUAGCAAGGAGACAAGUAGGGUACAAGAUAGCUGCACCAGCCAAAAAAAUACAGCUCUUCCAAGUCCACUGAUAAUUGGUUCUUCUCCCUCUACACAAAUUAGAAAGAUUGGGGAAAAGCAGUACUUCCAUCCCUUAGAAGAGCAUCGCCACUGGUGUACCUGGACGAUGAAGAUCCUUCUUGAAGAGAUUGAUGAGGAAAUGUCUCUUGAGAAAAGGGGUUAUCAGAUGGUGACUGAGCAAGCAAGGGAUAUUUUAGAUUUCGCAAGCAGAAAAGAUCUCUGUUCAUCAGAAAAAUAUAUAAGAAAUGUAGAAGGAUUGCGUUCCAUUCGUACAAUGCUAAAUGGACUGGCUUCAGUUGACGCCUGGCUGAGUGAAGAUAUUGCAGAGAAAUAAGUGAACAAUUGUGGCCAAGAUUCUUUUUUAUAUUUUUCUAAAUUAUAUCGUAAUUUCUCUUUUGUGCAUUUUUAUUCAUAAUUUCUCUUUUGAGCAUUUUUAUACAAAUAUACGUCUAUUUUCA